AUGCCGCCUCCCAAGUGCUUGGAGGACUGCGAGUUUGUGGCCGUUAAGGCGUCCACUUUCAGAAAGGCUGGGCCGCUGGGCUACUUUACCAAUGAUGGGUUUUUCUUCGCAGAUCUGACAAUUCCUUGGGAUGGCACUUCUCGGUUGCCAAGGCUGGCCAAGACGGCGGAAUUUAGUAAAGAGGCCAAGGGGCAGGUGAUUUUCCGGCAGGGCGAUCCAGGCAAAGGUUGCUUCAUGCUGGUGAAGGGUCAGGUCACCGUGCACGUGCGCAAGGGUGCGAAGGGGCACCGUUGGCCUCCCACACCGCGCAUGGCGGGCGGCGACAUGCCAACUUUGACCGAGUGGCGGAGGAGCGGAUUGGAGGCCUUUGACGAUGCCUCACGCCGGGAAGAGCUGAAAUAUGGGCGCCCGCCACGAGAAGAGCAAUCCUUUCGCACCACCGAGGGCUUCAGCACCUUCGGUAAGGAGUCCAACUAUGGAGAUAUGGUGAAGUGGCUCAGAGAGGGCACUCUCUUCGGAGCUGGGCACACCCAGACGGGGAUGACUCCGGGGAUCUCAGGUGUUAACCGUUGCUGA